UUCAUGAUGCAUCAGCUCCUCUGUUGUCCAUGAUGUUGUCGAAAUACUGUGGUUAGAUGAGUCCUGUAUUAUUACAUUGCUGUUGUAAUUACGGGUGGCAAAAGUAUGUGGUAACAGCACAGAACACGCAAGAAAUGCUGUCUUAGAAGUCAAUUGUCAUCUGUAACCAGACCAACCCUUCUAAACAGACCAUUCAACAGCGAAUCCUUCGGUGUAUGCGUCACAAGAAGUCACAACAAAAUGGGAGGCCGCUUGUCCAUGCCUCGAAGCCCUGACAAGGCCAACGAGAUCUCCCGACCAGUAUCAGGAUCUCGAAGGGGAUUUCCCCUCAACUCAAGAACAAUCGUCGCUCCAUUAGCAGCCUUCACCAUGGCGGGAUUGCUAUUCUUCUACGCCCGCGUCAGCAUCCGCGCGGCGAAAUUGAACGCCGCCAAGACGCGCGAAGCGGACGGCGGGGAGGUCAAUUGGAGGAAAGUCCACAUGAGGAAUCAUGGACAGAUUGAAGAAGUUGAGAAGCCGUCCGUGAAGGAGGCGAUUAUCGAUGAUCCACUUUUUGGAACGAAGCGGAAACGCAAGGCAGAUGAUGCGACGCGGGAUGGUUCGGCAUGAUGAGCAUCACCAUCCUGGCCGUGGCUAGGAGAUACUCUUGGUUUGCGGGACGUAGUUCCUAUUUCACCGAUGACGGGAGUGUUGACUUUGUGGGUAUAUCUUGGUGGAAUGGAGAGAAGCGAGGCACAUGUUGGCUGAUUCUUCGUCGAGAAUCUCGCUCGCCAAACACGAUCGUAGAAAGGCAGACGUAGAAGGUACCUUGGACUUGAUAUUGGGUAUACGGUGGCUCUAAUUGACCCCUAAAGGUUGUUUGAAUCCCCUGGAGGAAGCUAGGCUGCCCAACUAGUUCGGGUUAAGCUGAAACCCACAAGGUGCUGCCAGUCUUCCAUUGGUGGCUUAGACGCAGAGCGUAGUCCAGCAGAAACAUCCAGAAUAUAUGUUAAACAGAUAUCGUGACAAUCACACUGGC